CCCUUCUGCUGAUUGCCACCGUACGAUCAAUCAUAGGGAACUAAACAGGUCGUUCUCAUCACUGCGUGCGCCAAGCUUUUCCGUUCGAGAGAAAGUAAGGAAAAGGCGAAGUAACUAAGAUGGAUGCGAAUCAAGUAGCAGAGCUCCGAAGAUUCAUCCAACAGUUGAAACUGGAUCCUUCUCUCCUCCACGACCCUUCUCUCACUUUCUUCAAGGAUUAUCUCCAAAGUUUAGGAGCUCAACUUCCCAAGAUAGUCAAAACUGAAAGAGAUUAUGAGGAUACGGCUGAGACUAAACCUAGCUUCUCUUCUGAACAUGAUGAUGAUGAUGAAAUCACCGAGUCUGAUGUUGAGCUUGAUGAGUCUGAUGUUGUUGAACCAGACAACGAGCCUCCUCAGCAGAUGGGAGAUCCUACAGCUGAAGUGAGGGAUGAAGAUAGGGAUGCUGCUCAGUCUGAGAAGAGCAAAGCUAUGGAGGCAAUCUCUCAAGGAAAGUUCGACGAGAGUAUUGAUCAUCUAACAAAAGCCAUCAUGUUAAACCCCACUUCUGCUAUUCUCUACGCCUCUAGAGCUACUGUGUUUCUAACUGUUAAGAAACCAAAUGCUGCGAUCCGCGAUGCGGACAUGGCAUUACAGUUCAACCCUGAUUCAGCUAAGGGAUACAAAGCAAGAGGUAUGGCUAGGGCCAUGUUAGGCCAAUGGGAAGAAGCUGCGGCUGAUCUUCAUGUAGCUUCAAAAUUAGAUUACGAUGAGGAGAUAGGGUCGGCACUUAAGAAGGUUGAACCAAAUGCAAAGAGAAUCGAAGAGCACCGCAGGAAAUAUCAACGUCUGAGGAAAGAAAAAGAACUCCGAAGGGCUGAACGCGAGAGAAGAGAACAGCAAGAAGCCCAGGAGCGAGAAGCCCUGUCUGCACUUAAAGACGGACAAGUGAUUAGUAUCCACUCAACGAGCGAGCUAGAAGCAAAGACAAAGGCAGCAAAGAAGGCAUCGCGUCUGCUAAUAAUGUACUUCACAGCAACGUGGUGUGGACCGUGCCGUUACAUGUCUCCUGUGUACACAAACCUGGCCACGCAACACCCUAGAGUGGUCUUCUUGAAAGUUGACAUAGAUGAGGCCAAUGACGUGGCUGCUUCGUGGAACAUAAGCAGCGUCCCGACCUUUUGCUUCAUCAGAGAUGGGAAACAGGUAGACAAAGUUGUGGGAGCUGAUAAAGGUUCGCUUGAGAAGAAGAUAGCACAGCACUCUUCUUCUUCUUAGUAAUGGUAUGGGCUCGUUUCAAUCUUCUCCCCAUUGCUGCUCUCUUAUGGAUUAAAAGAGCUGAUGGUGUAUCUUUGCAACAGAACUGUUGUCCCAUAAAUUUUUUAAGUAUUUGUAACCGUGUUACAUGUGGUUGGUUUUUCAUUAGUGUUUCAUUGGCGUUGUGUUGGUUCAUGGUUGUGCUAUGUGUCACAAAAUUGAAACUUUUAUCUUUGAUUAAAGAGACAUGUUUAUAUAUAAGUUUAGUUUCCUGGCUUGGGCGAAAGCUAGGUACA